AUGUUUUACAUAUAUGCUUUAAUUUAUCUCUUAAAUUUUUCAAAGACAAUAGCUUUGGAAUGCAGUAUAUCAAGAUGGAAAAUUGCAAACUCAGUUGUAACACCACAAAUAGAUACUAGAAAAUUUAAAAAUAUUACUCUUGAAAAUGGUCUUUCUGUUAUGUUAGUUGAAGACACUAAGGCAGAAAAGGCUGGUUUUGGAAUGGCUGUAAAUGUUGGAUCAUUUGAGGAUCCUGAAAUGAUACCUGGUUUAGCUCAUUUAUUGGAGCACAUGCUAUUUUUAGGGACAAUAAAAUAUCCUGAUCCAAAAUCUUAUGAUGAAUUCAUGAGCCAGCAUGGAGGCCAGAGUAAUGCUUAUACUUCAGAGGAACGAACUGUCUAUUUUAAUGAAAUUAACGAAGAGUUUUUGGAUAGUGGAUUAGACUAUUUUUCCCAGUUUUUCAAAAGUCCAUUACUAGAUAUAAAGAUGAUUGAAAGAGAAGUCCAUGCAAUUGAUUCAGAACAUGCAAAAAAUAUCCCAAAUGAAAUUGAUAGAAUUUGGUACACAGUAAAAACAUAUGCAUACCCACCAUUUUCCCACUUUACUACUGGUAACAUUGAGACCUUGAUUAAAAACCCAAAAGAUAUGAAUUUAUCAAUAGAAGCACUACUUAAAAACUUUUUCCUAACCUACUACUGUGCUAAAAAUAUGUACCUAACUAUCUACUCAAGAAGAACCAUAAAACAACUCGAAUUUUUUGCAAAAAUGUACUUUUCAGAUAUUUCUGAUAAUAAUGGAGGUUUGUGCGGAAAAGUGGAACAUAAUAAAGAAAGCAAUAGCGAACCUGAAAAAGAUAGAAGACCAAUAUUUAAAGAAGAAAAUUUGGGAAAACUUUUACAUGUAAAGUCAAUAGGCGAGUUGAAAAUACUUUGGUUUGUGUGGAAUUUCCCAGGAUAUUUCAACAUAAGUGCUAAACACCCGAUGCAACUUCUGUCCUAUAUCCUUAAUUCACAGAUACCUGGAUCUUUAACAUGGAAUCUGCAAAAAACUGAAAUGAUUGUGAAGACUAUUGCAUUUUACGAAAUUUUUAGUUAUGGGAUUUUAUUUAUAUAUCAACUAGAGUUGACAAAUAAAGGAGUAAAAAAUUAUGAGUACUUAGUAAGUGUUGUAAAUAAAUAUAUAAAUAAACUAAGGGACUCUAAAGAUAUAAGCUCGGUAUAUGAAGGAGUAAAAACCCUUUCUGAAAGAGAAUUUGUAAUGCAAAAAGAGAUGUAUGGUAAAUCGCCGUUAUAUGAAGUAUCCGAAAUUUGCUCAAGGCUACUGCAAUUUGGGGUCCAUGGCGCACUAAGUGGAGAUAUUUUAAUUGAAGAAAUAGAUGAGAAACUUAUUAAGUCACUACUAAAUUAUAUAACACCUAAUAAUACUUUAAUAGUACUUUCUGAAGAGAUCGGUCCAAAGUUUGUUCAUAUUGAAAAAGAUGUAUACUACGGAGUGGAGCAUGCAAUUAUUCCGAUAUCCAAUGAAAAAUUAAAAAAGUGGUUACUUGGAAAAUUUUCUCAAAUUGAGGGCAAAGAAGUGAUAGUACCAAUGCCAUCUAAGUGUGUACCGUUGAACUUUAUUGUGUUACCAACUUCUGAUUCACCAAAAACUCCCAUAACACUAUCCUCAGGGCUUGCAAAUGUAUGGUGGAUUGGACCUGUUGCAGAAAGUCACAAAAUUUCAAUAAGAAUACUUUUAAGGUUUCCUAGAAGGUAUUCUAGAGGAGUUGAGACCCAAGCAUGGGGUCUGUUGAUAUCUUACAUGAUUAAGGCAAUGUUUGAAAAUGAACUUGGUUACUAUAAGGAAUGUGGGGUUGAUUUAGAAGUCCAAUGGACAAGCGAGGGAUUUCAAAUAGAUAUUAGUUCAUUUAGCUAUACUGAUGAUAUUGAAACUAUACUAAACACAAUACUUUCACCAAUCAUAAAUAAAUAUAUUAAGAAAAUGGGCUGUUCACUUUUGGAAAAGGCUGCAAGAUCAGCUAUAUUGUCAAGUGCUAACUUCAGAGAACAAAAUAUUACUUAUUUGCAAGCAAGAGAACUUAUAAAAAUGCUGCAAUCUUCAAGUGAUUACUCAGAGUGGGAAAUCCGUUACUUUUUAAAAAGUCUUUUUAAGAAAAAAAGCACUGCAACUGAUAUGUUUCAACAAAUUAUAAAGGCUGGGCAUAGUAUUAGAACAGGAACAAUAUACUCGUUAGUUAAGUAUAUUAGUUCAAUAAUAAAGAAUAAUAUAAUAGUUAGUGAAAAUUCGCAAACUUUAUGUCAUUCGUUAAACAGAUGGGUAAAUAAAUUACUUCAUAGACUAUCUAUAAUUGCAUUUAUACAAGGAAAUAUAACUAAGAAUAAAGCAAAGUCCUUAAUAGAAAACUUUGUUCUGUCAAGUAAUAUAUUCCCACUUAAAGAGAAAUAUGCAGCUAGUAAGAGAGUAUAUAAAAUAUUGCAGCCACUAGAUAUAACACUUUACAAUCCUAACCCCCAUGAUGAAAAUAACAUAGUACUACAGCUAUACCAGUUUGGUAAACCUACAUUUGAAGAAAGAAUAAACUUAAUGGGAUUACAGCCACUAGUACAUAACUAUAUGUACGAUAGAUUACGUACAAAAUUGCAACUAGGUUACAUUGUUGCAGCAACUAUAGCACCGAUUGGUAAUACUAAAGCAUUGAUUAUUGGGAUACAAGGCAGUAGGGAAAAUAGCGUUGAAACUCUUCAAAAUCACAUAAAAUUAGCUAUAGAUAGUUUUAUCAUAGAAGAAUUGGCAAAUAUGAAGGUUGAAGUAUACUCGAGCAUAAAAGAGUCACUUAUUGAAUACUUUAAAACCUUAAAAUACUCAUUUCCACUACAUUUCCACCAUUAUUGGGAUCAAAUAAUUUCAAAUAAAAGUAGUAAAUUAAAUGAAGCACAAAAUGAAAAUGCCAUAGAUUAUAUUCAGAAUAUACUAUCUAUUCAAGAUUUGUAUAAUACUUUUAUUAAAUUAAUACGUAGAAGUGGGGACAGUGGGAUUUAUAUCCUGAAAAUGACCCAUAGAGGACAAAAAACUAAAAUAGAUAAGAAUAAAUUAGAUCGUGAAAUUACCCACGUGCUAAGUACAGCUAGAGAGACAAUUAGGAAGAAUGGGUUUUAUGAAGUAAUAUAA